ACCGUUCUUAUGCAUUUCCCUUCAGAGCUAGGGGGCUAGCAGUCUAGGUAGAAAGCUUCCAUUUAGAAUUGCCAGAAACCUUCCGAAGCCCUUGGGGUCUCCUGCGGGUCUGGCGUUGAUACAAAAGCAUUCCUUAUCAUGAGUACUGUACCCACAUGUAGGCGGUCUUGCGCUGUGGCCAAAGUUUUGCAAACACGCGAAAGGAUGGCAGAGAAUCGCGGCGCACGCGCGGCUUCAUCGUCCGUAACGGACCAUGUCAGGCUACCAUUGAUUGCACCCCACGCGUUUAGCACGACAAUGCCGGCGCUGAAAGCCGACGUGAGCGUGCAAGCACAGAUGGUCCUGAUGGCCUCCCAGCUGGAGGCCUCAGAGCGCGCACACAGCGCAGGGAGCGUGGCGACGGAAGGACUAAGUUUGUCAAGGCUGCUGGAGCUGCCCGUGGGAAUAUGCGGUCCGCUUGACGUGGUGCAGCUGAAAGGCAAGGGGCGUGGCGUGCUGGCAGUUCAGCCUCUGCUGCCGGGGCAGCUGUUGCUGGCGACCCCUCCGCUAGCCAUCGUGCAGGCCUGCAACGCCGCCAGCGAUGUGGAGCUGCCGCCACCAACAGCGGGUGACCUGGUCCAGCUGCUGGCAGCUUCCCGCCUUACCCCACGCCAGUCUCAGCUCCUAGCGGCCUUAUACAGCGGCGAGGACGACAGCAACAGCGGCAGCAGCGAUGCCAAAUGUGAAAGCGGUGAAAGCAGGAGCGCAGGAGGGAGCCGUGGUGACAGCGGCCCGCGGCAGAUGCGGGUACAGCAGCUGCUGCAGCUGUCAGCGGCGGCGGAUGGUUUACGUUUGCAAUGGGGAGCCGGGAGUGGGGCCGCUGCGUCGACGGGUUGGCGCACGGCGGCUCAGUUGGCGCUGCCUGCGACGGUGCGCGGCCUGAGGCUUCCCGACGGGCGCGUGCAGGUCCUAGCACCCACCAACGGAUCCAGCCUAGCCGCUGACGGUGGCGGCAGCCGCCAGCAGGAGCGGCGCCGGUCGGUCACGGGCGCAGUGGUUUGCAACUGCUACGGUGAGCCUGCCCGGGACGAGGCACUGGAACAGCUGCUGGCUCGCCGUCGCGGUGCUGCUGGGGGCGGUGGCGGACACGGAGACGGCGGCGGAGGCGUGGACGCAGGCGGCGGCUUUGUGGGGCUGUGGGCGGACUACGCUAUGUUGAACCACAGCUGCUGCCCUAACACGAUCAACUGGGUGGGCGGGCCGCACGACCACAUGGCAGUCAUCGCCACGGCGCCCAUCGCCGCGGGGCAGGAGGUGUCCGUAUGCUACUUGGGCCGAGAGCUCCUGGCGCCCAGGUCUGUACGCACGGCUGCGCUGCAGCGCAGCCACAACUUCACUUGCGCCUGCCGCCGCUGCGAGCACGAGCGGCGCCUGGGCUCGGCCCUGGAGGCCGCCCUGCAGCAUGUGUACGACAGCGUGAACGUGGAGUGGGGGCCGCGGCUGGGCGCGCUGGCAGAGGAGGUCCAGGAUGCGGCGGAGGCGCUGCGGGAAUUGCGGCGGCAACAGGCGCAGGCGCAGGCGCUGACAGGUCAAGGCAGGCAGGGGCAGGCGUCGCGCGGCCUCUUCGGUGCACUGUUUGGCGCUGUGGGAGGCGGUGGUGUGGUCGCGGCGGCGGCAACGAUGCGGGAGCCUGUGGAACGCGCGCGGGCGGCGCUGUCUUCACUGUCAAACGAGCUUGCAGCGCUCGACCAGCAGGUUGCGGCGACCCUAUCCGACGUUGAAAUGGCAGCAUCGCAAGCUGCCGCCGGGAAUGCCGCCGCUGCCACCACCGCAGCCGAGGCCGGGUGGUGGGUGCGGGCCAGCCUUUACGACGCCUAUGAGCUGCGGGCAUCCAUUGCAGAGGUGCUGGCCGACACCGCACGCGCAGCUGCGUCGACAACAGCAUCGGCGCCAGGCGAUACCGCCGGGGCCGUGCAACAGGCACACGCCGCGCUUGUGGUCGCAAUCACAGCGUGUUUGCAGGCGCCUCCCCAGACCGUGGCGAGCGUGGCGACGACGGCGGGCCAAACGCCCAAACGCACCGCCCGCCUGCUGCAGUCCCGGUGGCCCGUGGCCGUACGAUGCCUGGCCAUGGCCGUUGGUGCGUGCCGGCGAUGAAAAUAGGAUUGUUAGUGGCGGCUGUUGGGGAUAGCGACCGCGACAAGUUUCAGGGCCGGUCACGGCAUCGUGGCGGUGCCACGGCGGGGCGCCGUCGUGAUGGCUGCGGUAGUAAUCCAGUUGACACGUGACACGUGCAGUGUUAGGGCUGCGGACCUUGUCAGUGCUGGCAUCACACAGGGCAGGGCAGAGUGUGACAUGCACGUACUGUUAUCGACGUGCGUUGCGGAACUAAUGCGUACGUAGACCAGAGCGGAAGGCGGAGUGGGCUUGUAGGCGUACUGCUGAGCAUACGGACAUUGGCCGACCUUGCUUGACUAUUCGUGGUGAUGUCCCUUGGCAGAUACGGUACCGUAUGGGCGUCCUUAUAUUGCAUGGGUUACAGGAGGGACCUGCUGACACAGUUCACGAGCCAGUGACGUGGAAUGCGAUCACCCUGCUCUGGGCCCCAGUCCUUAGUCACCGCACCUAAGUUUUGGCCCUUGUAUCCUGCCGUGUAAACCUUACGUUGC